GAUUUACGGGUUCCGGACUUCACGGCUCCCACAGCCGCCGACUCACCUGCGCUCCGAUUGGAGGGACGGACAUCCAGCAGCCGGCCAGCCUCCGAGCUGGACGCUGCGGCGGGGAGGAGAAGGUUCUGAAACCUUGCUCUGGACAGAACCGCUGAGAUGAACGUCCAAUAGCACACUUGAGAGCUUUCACACCUUUUUAUUCCCCGCCAUCUGUCUCACAACACCUCGGAGACAGAACUCUUCAGAGCGACACUCCGCUCCCAAAACCUGAACUCACACCUGGAGGAAUUCCAACCGAGCACCGACCAUGUACCGCUCAACCAAAGGAGCGUCGAAGGCUCGCCGGGACCAGAUCAACGCCGAGAUCCGAAACCUCAAAGACCUGCUGCCCAUCUCUGAGGCUGACAAAGCGCGGCUCUCAUACCUGCACAUCAUGUCGCUGGCGUGCAUGUACACCCGGAAAUCCGUGUUCUUCACUCAAGAAAUGGGAACUGCCGCUAGUCCAGAGGAGAGCGAAACGUUUCUGUCUUUCCACGAGCUGUCGGAGUUGAUGCAGGCGCUGCCAGGCUUCUUGAUGCUGCUGACUGGAGAGGGGAAGCUCCUCUACCUGUCAGACAGCGUGUCUGAGCACCUCGGACACUCCAUGGUGGAUCUUGUGUCGCAAGGGGACAGUGUUUACGACAUCAUCGACGCCUCAGACCACCUGAUCAUGAGGAACAACCUGUCUGCUUCUACAUCGCUUGAAAUGGACCGUCUCUUCCGCUGUCGUUUUAACACCACUAAGUCGGUGCGGAGGCAGAGCGCUGGGAACAAGCUGGUUCUGAUCCGAGCACGCUGCCUCUCUCCUCCCUCCUCCUCCCCCGCAACCGGGUCAUACUGGACUUCCAACCCAGUGUGGGUGUGCUUCUGCACUCCUCUGGAGCCGCAGCCCACCCGCUCCGGUUCCGGAGCCGAGAGGGAGUCCACCUCCACUCCUCCUCUGACUGACACCAACUUAUUCCUGGCUUGCUUCCACUCCCAGCAUGGACGUGACAUGAGGCUACAGUCAGCACAGAAUAGCGUGAGCACCUUUCUGGGCUUUGAUGUGGCAGAGUUGCGCUCCCGUUCUUGGUACAGCCUCCUCCACCCGCAAGAUCUGUCACACGCCUCUGCUCAGCACCGCAGUCUAUUGAGGGAAGGAGGAGAAGGCAGAGCAGAAAUGGUGGUGCGUGUCCAGGCUGAGGACCAGUCUUGGGUUUGGCUCUACAUGGUGCUUCAACUGCAGCCUGGAGACGUUCCCAUCAGCAGCAGCAACUACAUUGUUAGCGACUCUGAGGCUUGGUCUGUGCGUCAGCAGCUGAGCUCAGAGCAGACCCAGCUGACCCUGGUUCUGAGUGUUGGUGGCUCUCAACAGGAAAGCCUCAGCCUUCAGUCUCCAGACACCCUCUCCAGCCCAGACCAGGUCUUCACACCAGGCAGCAGUGGCCUGUCUGCCCAGUCAUUUGACUUCAGCACUGCUGGCUGCAGUGUGGGCUCCUCAGAUGAACCUGGGAGCUCCGUCACGGAGGCCAUGCAGGUGGAGGGGGACCCCCGCUCCAGUAUCUCCUCUCUGGAGGAGGAGAGCUUCUUUCAGCAGCACAUCACAGAAACCCCCUCUGCUGCCUCUUCCCCCACCCCUGUUACUGUCGAAACAGUAGCAGACCUAGACUUUUUGACCCAGAACAUUCUCCUGCCUCCGUCUUUCCAGCUAGACCCCCCACUGCCAGCUCUCCCCCUGCCUCUCCCCCCCGUGCCCAGCUCACAAGCCCAACAAACCAAAGAGUUUGUGUGCACUCCCCCUUACACCCCCCAAGUGGGUGGGGCCAGCUUCCCGUUCAAUGAGCCCCUCUUCAGUUUUGACCCAACAGGCACCACCACUCCUCCACCUUCUGCCACAACUGCCACCUCCACCACCUCUUUGGCCCCCUCCGCCCCUUCCACGGCUCCGCCAACAACAGCUCCCAGCCCCACUCCUCCCACCACCCUCUCCACCAAGAUGCCACUGGCAUUGCCCAUCUCCUCUACUGACUUGCUCUUCCCCGGUGAGCUCUGCAGUGGCUCCAUGUAUGAAAAACUCCCCCCUACACCCGACAGUCCUGGAGACGGGGACUGUACGGUGAUGACCCUUCCUGAGGUGAGGGGUCCACUAUAUGUAGAUGUUCCACUGGGACCUCUACAGUGCCCCCCUGAAGGCCUCCUCACCCCGGAGGCCUCACCCGGCAAGCAGCCCUGCAUUUCCUUCUUCUCCCUGGAAAGGGAGAAGGAGAGAGCAGAAAUAUCCCUUUUAGCUCAACACAUCAGCUCUUUGGCUGAGGGAUUCUAUCUCGAUCCACUGCUGUCCAAGCUUUCCCCCCCUUCUUUGUCACCUUCAUCCUCCCCUCCCUCCCCAUUCCUGUCUCCAGUCAUUGAAUCUGCUGACUCCGUCCACAUGCUGAGGGAGUUUUAUCCCAUCAAAGCAUGGAGAAGUCUGGACAUCCCCAUCCUCCUGGAUGAUGAUGACUCUCUGUUUGAAGAGAGCAUCCUAGAGUCCCUCCUGCAAGAUGACUGUGCUCCUCUUCAGACAUCCGGUCUCUCCCCCCCUCCCCUCUCCACCUCUCCUAUGCCCAAUUCCUCAAGCCCAAGCUCUCCUCAGACCCCAGUGUGCUGGCGCCAAACUUCCCAGUUUGAGGGAGUGGGCCACAUCUGUAGCGUCCAAUCGGCGCAAUGUAACUCCUUGGCAGGGUGCGGGGCGACUGUGGCUGCUGAGGUCAUGGCAGAAGGGGAGGGGCUGGCGGAGGAAGCAAUGGAGGUCGAGAUGGUGUCAUCUCCAAUGUCCUCCUGCUCCUCCAUCCCAGCUUCUCCUCCCCUCGUCGUCACUGCCUCCCCGAGGCCCGCCACCUCCACGCCCAUCGCCUCGCCCACGCCCGCCGUGUCUUGCACUCAGUCCCUCCUGGAGGAACUGGCCGUCCUGGAACCCAUGUUUGGGGCAGGUGCCUCGAUCGCCCCUGGCUUAGGGCAACAACCUGAGUUGUAUCAACUCCAAUGUCAUCCAUCGCCGCAGUGCUUCCACAAAGAUGGGAGUGGAAGUGUUCCUCCGUUCUAAAAUAAGUCUGUGACUUACUUCAUUAAGUAUGGCAUAUUGUCAUAUUUUGUGGAGACCCUUUUACUGAAAAGUAAGAAAUACUUAAGUGUAUAAAUAUACAUAAUGUAUAUAUAACUUAAGGACUUUUAACUCCUACAAGUCUCUUGGGAACAAAGAUUUUUGUUCUGUCAUUUCUUUGUGUACUUCUUCAAAACUGGUGCAACAUUAACACAAUGGUGCGACGGCGUGGACGCACAACUGGCCUGGUUUUGAGUCCACGUGCGGUCUCUCAGCUCUUCUGUUACAUGAGCUUCAUAUGAUCACACAGAGAAGCAUCUCUAAGCUUGUGAGUGCCGUUCAACCUCCAGAUGCGCAUUUGUAUUCACUCGUAGUGAAAUAUCAGUUGUGAACAAAAACAAUGAUGCUUUCUUUUUAACUUUUUCAUUGAGGAGAUAAAAUCUAGCACUUUUGCCUGACAUGCAAUGCAAACGCAAACCUCAAACGUAUCAAAGUCAAAUGUUUACGAUCGAUCGCAACCUUGAAGAGAUGAAGAUCAGAGUCAGAUGGAGAGAUCUUCUUACAAAAAAAGUUGGAUCUAUUCUUUGCAGCCUUUGAGGCCAAAACUCACAAACCAACUGAGAUACUUUGAGUGUUGAGUUUGCGACUUCAAACCUUUAACAUCUCAUGUUUAUUUCAUCAUGAAAAGUUGUGUAUCGAUGUGAUGUGCAAACAAGCGAGAAGAAAACCUGUGGAGAGACUCCUGGCGAGUGAGGAUUCAACGCCAGACCAGAUGUUUUCUGCUGUACUGUACAUUAAGACUGAAUGUAGGCUCAUCGGGUACCACCCCCCCCGCCUGGCCGGAGGGCAGUCUGGCUGGAUAUUCUUGCAGCAUCAAUAUUUGCAAUGCUGGCAGCUUAUAGCGGCUCCUGCGUGCCUGAAACGGCCCUGACCUGCUGAACUCUUUAACCCUCGUCCAUUCAGACAUGGACGGUUGCAUCGAUGCUCCGUGGAGCGCGGUGCAGUGAGGCACAACUGACUAUGUGAAUGAACGAUUCUUCUUUUUUGAGAGGGGCUUAGACUACAAAGGUUUUGUUUUUAAAAAAUGAAAACUGGGAUGACAAAGCUAUUUGUAUUCAGUAAAUCCAACGACACGGGUUGAGAAUGGUACAAUUCCCAUGGUGUCGACAUGCUCACGUAGAGUUGUCUACGGUCAAGUAAAGGAUUGAUUCCUACGUUCUAUAGCUAUUAAAGGCUAAUAUACAUGUGUAAAAAUAUAUCAUUAUAUGUGUAAAGUUUGCAAAAGGAUUUUAAUUCAUAUGCAUUAUGUCUGAGGAUGUAGGCAUAUGUUCUUUUCAGAAAGGUUGUACACAUUUGUAUGAAGCAGCUCUGUACACAUGAGGAGGCUAUUUUUAUUGCAGAAGGUGGAAUAUAUUCUCAACAUCUUACUGCUGAAUGGACAUUGUGGACCAGUGUUCUAUUGUGAUGCUUAUAAGUGUAUUUGGUUGUCAUACAAAUGCAUUUAUAAUAAAGUGCACUUAAUGCGGAUGAUG